AUGGCCGAAGUUUCCAGGAAAAAGGUCCACUUAAAACAUGCAAAAAGAAGGCUUGAGGCUCUCAAUUUCUUGACUAACAUUUCACUCGACGGCACUCUACCUUCGCAAGAACAACCUGAAAAACUUAGCAAAGAUUCGAAUAAAUUUGAUGUGGAGAAUGGCACCGAUUUUGGGACCAAAUAUCCGGAGAAUUCUCGCAGCGAGAAAGACGCUGCAACUGGAGCGACAUCUACCGCGACAGGCACGGGGCUGAAUCAAGUUAGGUCUGCGGUGGACACACCCAAUAGUAGCAUGGGGAAUCGAACUCGAUCCCGAAGUAGGAGAACUUCUGGUGGUGAAAAGAGUCCCCCUUUUAGCUCUUACAAACAUGAUUCACCCUUUUAUCAUUCGAGCAGUAGUUUUUCAGGGACCAGUUCCCAUGAAUACUCCAAGAGGCGUCUCUUUCACCAUCAGCAGUCGACUGACUUCUCAGGCUCGCUCACGCUGGUGGCGGAGGGAGAGACCUGUAUGCUGCCCUCUAACCAGGCCCAGUGCUAUAUCGAGUCUCCCAAAGAGCGAUCCCCGCCCGCGGGAUUCCAGAUUCCAGUGGCUAAAACAUUCCGUCAGCGCAUGUGCAAAAAUGAAAGAAUGUUGCUUGUUACGCCCAACCAUUCACCCUUCGUGAUGUACUCUCUCUUGCCAUACACCAGACGAAGUCAGCUUGGAAUCUACAGGAAGAAUUCUGAAGCUGGGACUUUUAUACGGACGAGACGUACGUCAGGGAGCAAACCACUGACAGUGCGAAGCGAUGAUUUUCUGGCCACACUAGAUGGGGUGGAGCUUGGUGUUGAAGGCACGGUAAGCAACCAAAACAGAUAUAUAAAAUGA